GUAUUUAAAAAGUAAUGUGUUUACAUUUACAGUAUCACUGCUAGUCACCUUAUUAACUAUUCAAGUUUAUUAAUAUUCGAUUGGAUAACUGUCCACUGUCCACCCCAAAUACAAACCUGACGUGUUUACAAAGUAAUUGCAAUGAGCUGUAUCAAUUUCAAGUCAAUUUAAGUUUCAUGACGAGCGCGCUGUGUACGUUCACGAUAUCGAAAUCUGGGACAGAUUAUCAGUUACAAGGUGGUCGUUUAGUUUCUAGUAAACUUGGUAAAACUUCGCUUUGGUCUGAAAAGUUAACCACAUCUAAGGGGGUAACGAGAAAUCCUGUGAAUCAUGAAUUACAGGAAUGUUCCUUUAAGCUAAGAAAAUGCGAAGCGACUGGGGCGGAGCCGAAAUCCCCCUGUCACUCUUUGAAUAUUACUUACAUAUCUGGAGGCAAAACUCAAGUGAAUGUGCGGCAUGGUAGUAUAUGGUAGAUGAAAUGAGAGACAUAGCAGUAUCUCCUCCUCUGCACCUGGCGUUUUUGGAAAGCCUGUUACUUCAAAUAAGAAAAUGUGCUAGCUUGUAGUUUUCGGGAAAUUCGGAUAGUGGGGUUGUCAAAGAUUGGAUCUGUCUUCAUUAUUAUUAGAGUGGAUGAAAUUGGCGAGAAGGUCAGUUGGUCUGAAGAAACGAGUUCGCUUUCUCCCGCUGGUAAAAAAAAAACUUGCCUCCACAUGUCACAAUAAAAAAGCGAAGUAAAAUUUCGGUCCUCAAGCGAACGCAUGUAAGUCUUGGUGUUUUUUAGGAAAAACGAAUUGCUGGUCUCCCGUGCUUCUCAAAAGCCCUACGAUGAAGCGUUGGACUUCAAUUUCACUGAUUGCACUUUUUGGAUUAUAUUCUCUCGCUUCAGGUCUGGGCGGCGCGGGUUCGAGAGUGCCCGACAGGUGUGACAGCCGUGCUUGCAAUCCCAGGAUGGGGAACCUGGCCCUGGGUCGGCGGCUGCUCACGCAGUCGGUGUGCGGCUCCAACUCCACCGAGCUCUUCUGCUCCUUCUCCGAGACCGCCGACGGCUCGUGCCGCCCGCCCAAGUGCGGCAAAUGCAGCGUGGCGCAGCCCCAGCACUCCCACCUGUCGGGGGCCAUGGCCGACUCCUCCUUCCGCUCCCCCGGCACCUGGUGGCAGUCUGCCGGGGGAGCGCUGCAGGAGACCGUCCAGCUGGACCUGGAGACGGAGUUCUACUUCACGCACCUCAUCCUGGUGUUCAGGUCUCCCCGGCCGGCGGCCAUGCUGCUGGAGAGGUCGCAGGACCACGGCAGGACGUGGACGCCUUACAAAUACUUCGCUACCAACUGCACAGAGACCUUCGGCUUGAAGGACGACACCGAAGUAGAAGGAGCCCAGUGCACUUCUAAAUACUCGGGGCCCUACCCCUGUACCCGUGGAGAGGUGAUCUUCCGAGCGCUGCCCCCGUGGCACACCCUGAACCCCUACAGCGCCGAGGCGCAGGAGCAGCUGAAGGUGACCAACAUCCGGGUGCAGCUUCUGAAGCGCCAGCCGUGCCCCUGUCAGGACAAACACCCGGACGUGAAGCUCCAGCACCUGGCGCACUACGCCAUCUACGACUUCAUCGUGAAGGGCAGCUGCUUCUGCAACGGCCACGCAGACCACUGUGUGCCCGCGGAGGGACACCGGCCAGUCAGGGAGAGGACGCAGCAUGUGGUCCAUGGAAAGUGCAUUUGCAAACACAAUACAGCAGGUGAUCACUGUGAGCGCUGCGCCCCUCUGUACAAUGACCAGCCCUGGCUGCCUGCUGAUGGACUGACUGGGGCUCCACAUGAAUGUAAAAAGUGCAAGUGUCACGGCCACUCGGACAGCUGUCACUUUGACUGGGGUGCAUGGCUAGCCUCGGGCCAGCGCAGCGGAGGGGUGUGCGACCACUGCCGGCACAACACCGAGGGCCGGAACUGCCAGCUCUGCAAGAGCGGCUUCUACAGAGACCCGCACCGGCCCUCCUCUGCCCCUGACUCCUGCACCCCGUGUGCCUGCCACCCUGUUGGCUCAGUGCCCUUCCACCUCAGUGGGGUGUCCCUGUGCGACCCCAGCAAUGGCGAAUGUGUCUGCAAGCCGGGAGUGGGGGGCCCACACUGUGAUAGAUGCAUGGUAGGCUACUGGGGAUUUGGAGACUAUGGCUGCCGACCGUGUGACUGUGCUGGCAGCUGUGACCCCUUCACCGGCGACUGUGUGUCCAGCUCAGACGUGGAUGUGUAUCAAAGAGGCGAUUUCCCAUCUCCCUUCAAUGAGAGCGAGUCUGCGUGGAACUGGAGGGGUGAUGAACUUUUCUCAGCUCUGCAUUACUCAGAAAAAUGUGAAUGUAAAGAGCAAGACUUGGGCAACCCCAAACUCUUUUGCACCAUGAAAUACGCUUAUGUCUUAAAGGUAAAAAUUCUAUCUGCGCAUGACAAAGGCUCACAUGCCGAGGUCAGUGUGAAGGUGAAGAAGGUUUUGAAUCAACAAACAAAACUGAAGAUCCAGCGCAGAAAGAUAACUCUGUACCCCGAGUCCUGGACAGCUCGGGGCUGUACCUGCCCAAUUCUCAACCCCGGGAUGGAAUAUCUGGUAGCGGGCCACGAAGACAGGAGGAUGGGCAGGCUCGUGGUCAACAUGAAAAGCUUUGUCAAACGCUGGAAACCUAACCUUGGAAGAAAGGUCAUGCAGUUUUUGAAGACGGACUGUAAAGGGUAGGACGGAAGGGUGCAGAAGAAAGGACUGCAGUUUUGAUUCUGUGCACUGAGGGGGUGUCGGCUGAGGACGGAACACCCACAAAGCAGAAGCUGAAAAAAGUGACAGACAAAAGCACUGAGCCCUCGCAGGACUCGUACUUGAAACCGAAACCAAAGUUGGCCAAAUUUCCCAGCAUUCCCGGCUAUACCCUCUGAAGCACUUUACCAGCGGUUGGGCCAAGGCGUUGAUGUCUUAUCUGGAUGUUCCUUUUCAAUUAAGAAAUCCUGGGCAGGCUGAUCAGCUUGUCUACGAAUGGCGAGGAUGAUCUCGCUCAUGAAGUCUGAGGUGGAAGAUUGGCCUUCACACUUACGGGCUGUGCUUGACUGGCCAGGGCUCACCAUCACCAUCUUCAGACCUGGCUAUUGUGAACACGCAAGAGUCAAACUUAUUUUGUUGUCUCCCACUAAUGCAAAUGUUGGAUCUCCCCUUUUUGUUUAUUUGUUAUUCACAUGUGUUACACUUGGGGGUGGGGUGGGGGAGGAAUUGUGCUGAUACACUGCUCAAUCUGAGUUGUCACUCCCAGUUGCGCAGUUCUACGUAUCCUGCAACAGCUGGCUAUUUGUCAGCUAGGCGGUACAAAGACUUUAGGCCUGUGGAUUUAGACUAUUUACUGUUGUUGCAUCACAAAGCCAUAUUAAGCAACUGCUUUAACGUCUUCAGUACAUGAUGCUUCCUUGAUGUGUAUACAAUGCAUAAAAAAAGAAAAAAGACAGUGUUAAAAGAGCAUUUUAAUAUUCAGCAUUUCAUAGUUGUAUGCACUUAGAAGUCCUAUGGACUUGGAUAUGCCAGAUGCUGUUGUUUUUUUUUUUUUGCUACAUUAUUUGUUUAUGUACAGUAUAUAAUAAAAAAGUAAGACUGAAUUCAUUUUUAACACAGGCUUAUGUAAGUGUCUUUACUUAGUAUAUUAUACUAAUAUAUUAUACUAUUAUAUUCUGUUUUAAAUGUUGAACUCUUGUUAUUUGUUUCAUAACAUAUUGCUGAAACUCGUGGGUUUUUUUUUUGUAAUUUCUUUUUCUUAUGAUGACUGUAUUAGUAAUAUCUUUCCACUGGGUAUUUUCUGUGUCUG